AUGUUGUGGGUCGACAAGUACAGACCUAAAUCGCUAGAUAAGGUCAUCGUUCAUGAAGAGAUCGCCCAAAAUCUCAAGAAACUGGUAACGGAGCAAGAUUGUCCGCAUUUGCUGUUCUAUGGACCGUCUGGGUCUGGUAAGAAAACCCUAAUCAUGGCGCUUCUUAAGCAGAUUUAUGGUGUCAGUGCUGAGAAGGUGAAAGUGGAGAACAGGGCAUGGAAAGUUGAUGCUGGGAGUAGAACGAUUGAUCUGGAGCUCACUACGUUGUCAAGCACAAAUCAUGUGGAACUUACUCCAAGUGAUGCAGGCUUUCAGGACAGAUACAUCGUUCAAGAGAUCAUUAAAGAGAUGGCUAAGAAUAGACCUAUUGACACCAAAGGAAAGAAGGGAUACAAGGUGUUGGUACUAAAUGAAGUUGACAAGCUCUCACGAGAAGCUCAACAUUCUCUUCGGAGAACAAUGGAGAAGUAUAGCUCAUCAUGCCGUCUCAUCUUAUGCUGUAACAGUUCUUCAAAGGUCACAGAAGCCAUUAAGUCUCGUUGUCUCAAUGUGCGGAUCAAUGCACCUUCGCACGAAGAGAUAGUGAAAGUGUUGGAGUUCGUUGCAAAGAAAGAAAGUCUGCAACUUCCUCACGGUUUCGCUGCUCGUAUUGCCGAAAAAUCAAAUCGCAGUCUUAGAAGAGCUAUUUUGUCACUUGAGACCUGUCGUGUCCAAAACUAUCCGUUCACAGAUAACCAAGUGAUAUCUCCCAUGGACUGGGAAGAGUAUGUCGCUGAGAUAUCAACUGACAUGAUGAGGGAACAGAGCCCCAAAUGUUUGUUUCAGGUGCGUGGGAAGGUAUAUGAGUUGCUACUUAAUUGCAUUCCACCAGAAGUCAUACUUAAGAGACUUCUUCAUGAAUUACUGAAGAAACUUGACUCAGAGCUGAAGCUUGAAGUCUGCCACUGGGCUGCAUAUUAUCUAUGUUGUUGGGAACUUGUUAACAGGAGCAUAGGAUGAGAUUAGGUCAGAAAGCCAUAUUUCACAUAGAAGCAUUUGUGGCCAAGUUUAUGAGCAUAUACAAAAACUUCCUCAUUACAACAUUUGGCUAGAGAAGGAAGGAAUGCUCCAAAUCC